UAGACUACAUUUCUAGCAAAUCCAAACUCAUUUUUCUUGUUUAUCUUAAUAAACUUAAGAAAUAAGAUCUAAUUGACUGGAAAUAUCACAUAUUGUCGCCACUCGCCAGGUGGUUUAAAAGAGAAGACAAAUCAAUGAUAAAGGAUGAAAAUGAUACCUAAUCCGAACUUCAACUGGUCUUCUCCAACAUGAGCCACAAGUACAGAUUUUUGGGGGACAGAAAAUAUCCUACUCUGCCACAUCCGCCAUUGGCUCCACUUGCCUCCUUUCACAUAGCCAUUUGGUAAAAGAAAGGAUCACAAACCCAAUUCUCAUUUAACCACAUCGAAUCUCCCAGUAUGGCUGCUGCUGCUGCUGCACUUCCUUCAAUUAGCUCUCCAACUUCUUCUUCUUCUACUACUACUACUGCUUUCAUUCAUUCUUCCAAGACAGGUGCUCGAGCCUAUGGUCCAUCCUUCUCAAAUGUCAGAUCAUAUGGUACACUGAAGGGAAGACUACCAAAUUCUCACAAGGCUAUUCCAGGAGGCAUUAAGAUCUUAUGUGCAGCAACUAAGCCUGCAAAAUCGCCAGCUGAAGAAGAAUGGAAGGUGAAGAGAGAGUUACUGCUGCAGAAGAAGGUGAGGAGUGUGGAGGUGAAGGAAGCUCUUCGACUUCAGAAAGAAAACAACUUUGUGAUCCUUGACGUGCGGCCAGAAGCUGAAUUCAAGAAGGGUCACGCACCAGGUGCGAUCAAUGUCCAAAUAUACAGGCUUAUAAAAGAGUGGACGGCCUGGGACAUUGCCAGGCGUGCUGCUUUUGCAUUUUUUGGCAUCUUUGCUGGCACUGAAGAAAACCCUGAGUUUAUACAGACUGUCGAUUCCAAACUUGGUAAAGAUGCAAAGAUAAUAGUGGCUUGCUCAGCAGGCGGUACAAUGAAACCAUCACAAAAUCUUCCUCAAGGUCAACAGUCCAGGUAUUUCCAACUCUUCCAGAUUCCAAAGUGCAGAUAUUUCACUUGUAUAUGAUAUACCUAGAGCUUGAUUCACUUGUAUAGUAAGAUAAAUGAUGACUAGCUAGGUAACUUUGUCUACCCUAUCCAUCGUUGAGGCGUCUGGAUAAAGCAUAAAUGUUAGCUUCUUCAGAGUAAGGUUAUCAAUGCUUUUGCCUGUUCCUGCAGAUCACUGAUAGCUGCAUACCUGUUAGUCCUCAAUGGUUAUAAGAACGUCUUCCACUUAGAAGGGGGUCUCUAUACAUGGUUCAAAGAGGGGUUGCCAGCUGAAGCCGAAGAAGAAUGAAGUAUCAUUGUGAUUUUUUCGCAGAAUGGUGCUUCAUGACAAGCGAGAAGUUGUGCACCACCUAGCAAAAGAAGGUUAAUGCUCCUGUAUCCUGACAAAUUAACAGACUGGUGGUUAUUGGGCUGGUGUAUCCUAGAAUUGAAGAUCUUAUGUAAAUGACAAUUCAAUGUCUGUUCAUCAUUCCCCUAGAUUUCAGGGGGGAAUAAAUCCAAGUAACUAGUUCAUUUAUUGGAGCAACUCCAGGAAAAUAACAUGUCAGCUGAAGAGCAAAAGAAAAGGAUGGAAUAUUUCUUGAAUAGGAAAUAUGUCAUUCAAGUAUAAAAUGUUUCGAAAAAGCAAAAGCUCUUGAAGCCACAUCUAUAAUGAAUAAAUGUGACAGCUUGUUCUGGU